UUCUCGGGCCCUACGUGGGGCGUGGGGGGUAAUCCGUGGUAAUCUACGGCCGGGUGACGUCUGGGGACCCCGGGCCUGGAUCAGAGGUCCUGCCCCGCGCUCUCCGCGCCUCGUCGCUAUGCCUCGCAAAAUUGAGGAAAUCAAGGACUUUCUGCUCACAGCCAGACGAAAGGACGCCAAAUCGGUCAAGAUCAAGAAAAAUAAGGAUAAUGUGAAGUUUAAAGUUCGAUGUAGCAGGUACCUUUACACCUUGGUCAUCACAGACAAAGAGAAGGCAGAGAAGCUGAAGCAGUCCCUGCCCCCAGGUUUGGCGGUGAAGGAGCUGAAAUGAAUCACGCACACUGAUUUGAACUGUAUUAAAAUUUUUUAAAUUCUCACAA